AUCGAUUAUUAGCUGGUCCCGAUUUGGGACGUCAUUGGACUCGUCCCCCGCCGAGCCAGAGUCGUUCUCCUCCUUGCUCUCCCCCUCUCUGUUCCCCAUCAUCCACCAUGCCUCCCUCACGUCGCGGAAGCGGCACUGUUGCCCUGCCCACCGGGCAGACCCUCGCCUUCCACACCAGGACCAGCGAGGCCGAGGAUCUCCCACAUGCCACCAAGAAGACGAUGGCAGAUCACCUCCGCAAAUAUGAGAGCCUGUUCACGCUCACCCCUCAGCGCAUGCGUAUCAUCGUCGAGGCGUUCAAGGAUACACUCGAGGUCGGACUCGCGAAGAACGGCCAAGUAGUACCUAUGAUACCCACAUACGUCUUCGGUUGGCCAACAGGACAGGAGAAAGGGAACUACCUCGCUAUAGAUCUUGGUGGCACCAACCUCCGCGUGUGUCUCGUCACCCUUGAAGGAGGUGGCAAGUUCGAGAUUACGCAGUCCAAGUACCGACUCUCUGAGGAGCAGAAGCAGGAAGAUGGCCAGAAACUCUUUGACUUCUGCGCAGAAUGCAUGAAAUCGUUCAUAGACUCCAAUAUCGAUGGUGGGAUCAUCCAGAGGGGCAGCAUUCUGCCGCUUGGCUUCACCUUCUCUUACCCUUGCUCACAAGACCGUAUUGACCAUGGUGAGCUUAUCCGGUGGACGAAGGGUUUCGGUGCAGCCAACACCGAGGGUCGGGACGUCGUCGCCAUGUUCCGCAAAUCACUGGAGAAAUAUAAAGUUCCUGCAGAGAUUGUAGCCCUCACAUGCGACACGACGGGAACACUGAUCGCAUCGCACUAUGUAAACCCGAAGACGCGCAUCGCGUGCAUCUUCGGCACGGGUUGCAACGCCGCGUACAUGGAGCGCGUCGGCGACAUUCCCAAGAUAGCCAAUCUCGGGAUUGAUGCUGAUGCAGAGAUGGCUAUCAACUGCGAGUGGGGAGCUUUCGACUCGUUCGAACAUGAGAACUUGCCCAGGACAAAAUACGACCAGAUCAUCGACGAACAGUCCAACAAACCCGGCGAGCAGGCCUUCGAGAAACUCAUUUCUGGUCGAUACCUCGGCGAGAUCCUGCGGCUUAUCAUCUGCGAGCUUAUCGACGAGGGUGUGCUCUUCCUGGGACAGAACACUUACAAGCUCGAGAUCCCCUACUCAUUCGACACUGCCUUCCUGUCGCUUAUGGAGAGUGACCCGACAGACGAACUGCUCAUGAUCAUCGGCAUCUUCACGCAUUUCUUCGCCGUUGAGACGACGCUCGCGGAGCGCCAGUUCUUCCGCGCCCUCGCGAAGCUCGUGGGGCGCCGCGCCGCGCGGCUCAGCGCGUGUGGUAUCGCGGCGAUCGUGAGCAAGAUGGGCUACCUCGAAGAGGGAUGCGCGGUUGGCGCGGAUGGGUCAUUGUACAAGAAAUACCCCGGGUUCGCGGAGAGAGUCCACGAGGGCCUGCAGGAUAUCUUCGGCGAGAAGGGCAAGAACAUCGUGACAUGCCACGCUGAGGAUGGAAGCGGGAUCGGCGCCGCUAUCAUAGCAGCGAUGACGAAGGAGCGGAAGCUCGCCAAUCUGUAUCCCAAUGUUUGAGUUCAUCCACCGCAAGUCGAUACAAGGACGGGCCGGGCGCCUCAGAAGGGGUACCGUAGAGCAGCGCUGCGCGAGAUGAUAGAGGCAAAACCUGAAGUGUGUCAACAUGUACAGUAUCAGUGUUGUUGUCGCUGUAUGUGUAUUCUGUUGUCGUCUACUCAAAUGGAAACAAAGGCUGUAUUUCGCACUCAGCAUGGUCCCUGCCCG